AAAAAUUUGAGAAUUUAAAAGUUUAAAAAUUUAAAAAUUCGAAAAUUUCAAGUUUCCACAUUAGAUUAUCCAAAGUUGAAGGCAAGUGGUGGGAGGCACCUCCCCUGAACUACUUCUUAUUCAAAGAAAGGCUACAUUCACUCGGGUGUACUUAACCUCACUUAACCAGACAAUGUCUAGUCUAGUUACUUAUAUGAUAUAUCAAACUCAAAAAACUACUUUAGAAAUACACGAAAUUACCAAGGACAGAUAAGAAUGGAUCGAGUAGUUUCGUCACCGUUAGAACUUUUGCGCGUGUCGCAUAUAAGUUUCGCUUCAGCCAUUGCCAGUAUACGCGUGUUUCCGUAGUAGUGAAUCAUUUCCAGAUGUGUCAACCUUACUUGACCAUUGUUUCUUACAAAUCCGCGGUACAGCGAGUUUCCUCGCGUCACAUUCGAACAAACCGCGGUAACACGAUCGACAAUUCGUCUCUUUACCAAAAAAAGAAAAAACGACUUCUCUAUUUCUGAAACAUCGAUUGCGCGCUCUCUGUCUCUUGUUUGGCGCGCAACAUCGUUCGUUCUGAAACCAUUUGUCACGUGCUGCGAGGAAAGAAAACAUGAAGCUUACAAAAUGUUUCCACAUAAAUGAUAAGAGCAAAAAUGCGUGUUUUUUUUGGAAAAUUUCGCGAGGUAACGCAAAAGUAUCCCAUUGUAAGAGGAAUGGCUUCUUACACUAUUAUAUGGCCUACAGGAUCAUUAAUACAACAAAAAAUUAUAGGAAACGACGAAUUAAAUUAUAUGCAAGCAUUGAGAUUUAGUUUGUAUGGUGGCUUUUUUGUGGCACCAACGCUAUACUGUUGGUUAAGAUGUUCUUCAUAUUUUUGGCCGAAGUCAGAUUUGAAAUCUGCAAUUACCAAAGCUUUGGUGGAACAAGUUACGUAUAGUCCUGCAGCAAUGUGCUGUUUCUUCUUUGGCAUAAACCUUCUUGAAUUGAAACCAGUAUCAGAAUGUGUUGAAGAAGUGAAACGAAAAUUUUGGCCCACUUAUAAGGUUGGUGUUUGUGUGUGGCCUGUUUUACAAACAAUUAACUUUUUUUUCAUCCCAGAACAUAAUCGUGUAGUUUAUGUAAGUUUUUGCAGUUUAGUUUGGACAUCUUUCCUUGCAUAUAUGAAAGCACUGGAAGCUAAGAAAAAAGACCAAGAUACAGAAACUAAUAAUCGUGUUCAAAUGCUUGGUAAUGUUAAGACUAAGUCUGUUAAUGAAACACAAAGUGAAAGUAAAAGAGUAACUGUUAUACGAUGAAGAUUUAUAAUCGAAAUUUUAUUAGCUAAUUUAAUUUAUAUAUAUAUGUACAAAAUUGACUACACUGCACAGCAAGGAGAAUCACAUUCUCUGUGACAUAGUUCAAAAUAAAUUAAAAAAUUGAAAUAUA